UACCCGUUCUUGUUUUUGCGCGUAAUGGUUUCUUCCACCAGGUUCCACAGCGGUUUCGCCUGCUGGCCUUCGGUGAGAUUUUCCCAUUGGCUGUCUGGCAUGUGUGCAGCGUCCGCUGUGGAAAAGUGCGCAAGUCUCCGACUCUCGCAUUUCGGUUUGCCUGUUCUACAUGAACGUAUGGAAAAGCUCCUCCACCACAAAUGGUGCAGUGAGAACGGAGAUGCCAUUAUUCCGUGGUUGUGAGUCUCUACGGGUUUGUAGUGUUGGCUCGUUAAUUGACACGCUGACAAUCGGACGCGGAGCGAGGAUCGAUACCGAGGUAUCCCCGAUUUGUCUGAAGCUCAACUACCGACUGGAAACACGCUGGACACAUAGUGUGAUAAGUGUCGGCGUUCUUUCUUCACUCUAUGAAGCGUCAUCUACGACGGUUCCGUGUGUCUUCCCGUGUCUCUCGCUCGUAUGCAAAAUUGGAUUCGAUGCACCGUCCUGGAAUGCGAGAAGGCGGAACCAGAACCUUCCCGGAAGAAAACAUUUUCAAACAAUGGCAAAACUGUCAGCCGCAGUGCCCACUGCCUCGCCUGCAGAAGGCGGGGGAUUCUUGCUUGUCAAUCCCAGGUGUACAGAAACUUUGCUGGCCCCGUUCCAAGACUUUCAGUGCGCCAAACAGGUUGUCAGUGCAUGCCUGAGCAUCGGUAUUCUCGUCGGCGGCAGUCUUGUUAAGCUUCCCCAACUCGUCAAGAUUUUGAGAGCCCAGAGUGUUGCAGGCCUGGCGGAGAUGUCGGUUUUCGUUGAGGCCAUCAGCGCCUCGAUAUUCGUCGCCUACAACGUUCUUGAGAGACAUCCGUUUACAACGUGGGGAGAAAUGCUCUUCGUUUCACUUCAGAACCUCUGCACGCUUCUUCUUUUCUGGCGGUUCCGAAGUGCUCGCGACGGCCGGCACUCGAUCGAAGAAGAGAAGAGCGGGCAGGCCACCGCGACCUCGACAGACGCUCCGUUCGCCACCUUCACACUCUUCCAGCGCGUUCUCUGUGCCCUGGCCGUCCUUCUUCUUGGUGCCUCUGUCGCCUGUGGCUACCUGGUUUUCGGCAGAGACAGCUUGUUCUCUCGACGCCUGGCGAUGGGCCUUGGCCUCGCCCCCUUUCCUCUCCUCUUCUGCUCGCGCUUGCCUCAAAUCAAACAGAACUGGACGCAAAAGCACACCGGCCAGCUCUCGGCAGUCACGGCGGGCCUCAUGCUCUGUGGAAACCUGGCGCGUCUCUUCACAUCGAUGGUCUCUCUGUCUGACCAAUUUGUGGUGUUAUCUUGCACUCUCGCCACGAUCCUGAACGCGAUUCCGCUUUUCCAGAUUUAUUUGUAUCGCGAUAACACGGCGAAAGCGCUUGGAAAGCGGAAGGAGGCGUGAGGCGGGAGAGAAGGAAAGUGCCGUCAGUGGAGAUCGGCGGACUCCGGACCGACAAGGCGCGUCUGUGGGGGUCGGGUAAAAAGAACCUCUUCCUUUUUUUUUCUUUUGCCUUUCUGCACAGCUGGGCUCAUAAAGAGGCUCCAAAGGAAGGGAGGAGACAGGGUUGAACGUGGCUUGUUUCACAAGCAUUUUCCGGAGAGAGAGCGCUUGUGAAGCUGAAGUCCGUCCCUUGGACGAGUUCGACGCUUGAAAGCGCUCCGGCUCUGUGAAAGAAGGAAAUUCGCCGAAAAAACACUCGAACACUCGCGUCUCACACCUCUGUUUGUCAUGUUAGAGAGGUGAAGCGUUCGCUCGCCUCGCGUAUGUUUCCGUUUUUACCUCAUUUGUCUUCACGCAUAUGCUGUCUUUCGGUGUUUCCAGUUUACUCGUUCAUCUCUAAGAGGCUGUGCGCAAUGUGUUCUCUUGGUAGCAUUCGUGAGGGUCCUUCGUCCUUUUCUUCCCUCCCACACACAAAUGCACCUUUAACGUGGUGGGUUUGUCUCCCUUUAGUUUCCUCCCCUCAAGAUUGUUUCGAGUCUGGAUCCUCUUUUUCUCCUUUGUGUCCUGGAUCGUUCCUUUCUCGUCUUCUCAUGUGCGGGGCGUUUUACCUUUCUUUCGCCACGUGUGGCCGUAGAGGUUGGUAUUUUGCUUUUUUGCAUGCAGCUUUGUUUUUCCUCGAUUCACUUCUCCCUUGCUCUCUCUUCGUUUCCAAUCGCUUUUCCACGGUAGCUUCCCUUCAUCCGUGUUUGACAAGAACCCCGUCUGGCUGGAGAAACGUUCUUUUUCAGCGGGAGGAAAUUCAGUCGACGAUAUGUGAAACGC